CAUUUCAACGUGCUCUGAAGGAAAAAAGGAAAAAAAAGAAAAAAGAAAUUAUUGGUUUUUUGAAGAGAUGUUGAUUGGGAGCAUUGUGGGGGCAAUCUCUGGGCUGAAGCAUGGGGGGAAGAAGAUCAAAGGGACUGUGGUUUUGAUGAGAAGUAAUGUUUUGGAUUUCAAUGACUUCCAAUCCACUGUUCUUGAUAAUCUUCAUGAGUUUUUAGGCGGCGGCGUUUCUCUUCGCCUCGUUAGCGCUCAUCACGGCGAUCCUUUAAAAGGGUUUCAAGGGAAGGUGGGGAAGGCAGCCGAGUUGGAGAAUUGGAUUGCCAAUACAAUAAUUCCAAUAUUUGCAGGAGAAACUGCCUUCACUGUUACUUUUGAUUGGGAUGAAGAAAUUGGAGUCCCCGGAGCUUUCUUCAUCAGAAAUGAUCAUUUUAGUGAAUUCUUUCUCAAAUCUCUCACUCUCGAGGAUGUUCCUGGCCAUGGCAGAGUUCAUUUCGACUGCAACUCCUGGAUUUACCCUUAUGGAAAGUACAAGAAGGAUCGCAUUUUCUUCGCCAAUCAGGCUUACCUCUCCAGCGAAACACCUGAACCACUUCGCAAGUAUAGGGAGGAAGAAUUAAUAAACCUUAGAGGAAAUGGAAAAGGAGAACGUAAGGAGUGGGAUAGAAUCUAUGACUAUGAUGUCUACAACGAUAUUGGUGACCCAGAUAGUAACUUGGACCUUGGUCGUCCAGUCCUGGGAGGGUCAGCUAAAUAUCCUUAUCCUCGUAGAGGAAGAACGGGAAGACCACCUUCCAAAAAAGAUCCCAAAAGUGAAAGUAGAUUACCAGCAUCAAGUAAACCAACCGAUGUGUAUAUUCCAAGAGACGAAAGAUUUGGGCACUUGAAAAUGUCAGAUUUUCUUGCCUAUGGCCUGAAGUCUGUAUCCCGAUCAAUCAAACCCAAACUCGAAGAUCUAUUUGACUCGACCCCGGGAGAAUUUGAUGACUUUAAUGAUGUUUUUGCCCUCUACGAAAAAGGUUUGCCAGUGCCUCGAAGUUUACUCGAGGGUAUCACUGAGAACAUUCCAGCACCAUUGCUCAAAGAAAUAUUUAGAACUGAUGGUGAAAGAUUCCUCAGAUUCCCAACUCCUCAGUUAAUUCAUGAGGAUAAAUCCGCAUGGAGCACUGAUGAAGAAUUUGCAAGAGAAAUGCUGGCGGGAGUUGACCCUGUAGUCAUUCGUCGUCUCCAAGAAUUCCCACCUGCAAGCAAACUAGAUCCUGAAAUUUAUGGCGAUCACACAAGCAAAAUAACUGAUGAACACAUAAAAGAUGGUUUAGAUGGCCUCACUGUGGAUGAGGCACUGGAGAAGAACAAGCUAUACAUAUUGGAUCACCAUGAUUCACUAAUUCCAUAUCUUAGAAGAAUAAAUACAACUCCCACAAAGACUUAUGCCACAAGAACACUUCUGUUCUUAAAAAAUGAUGGCACUUUGAAGCCUUUGGCGAUUGAACUAAGUUUGCCACACCCUCAAGGAGACCAAUUUGGUGUCAUUAGUAAAGUAUUGUUGCCUGCCAAGGGAGGAGUUGAUGGCUCCAUUUGGCAAUUAGCCAAGGCUUAUGUUGCUGUCAACGAUACCGGCUAUCACCAACUUAUUAGUCACUGGUUGAACACCCACGCAGUAAUUGAGCCAUUUGUGAUCGCAACGAAUCGACAAUUAAGUGUUGUUCAUCCGAUUCAUAAGUUGCUUGUUCCUCAUUUUCGGGAUACCAUGAACAUUAAUGCUCUUGCAAGGCAAUCCCUUAUUAAUGCUGAUGGAAUUAUUGAGACAACUCAUUAUCCAGCCAAGUACUCCAUGGAGAUGUCUUCUUUUGUCUACAAGAACUGGGUCUUCCCUGAACAAGCUCUCCCAGCUGAUCUAAUUAAGAGAGGAAUUGCAAUUCAGGAUCCAAGCUCUCCACAUGGCCUCCGACUACUAAUAGAGGAUUAUCCAUACGCUGUCGAUGGGCUCGAGAUUUGGACAGCAAUCAAAACAUGGGUAACAGAUUACUGUUCUUUCUACUACAAGGACAACGAAACGCUACAUAACGAUGUCGAGCUCCAAUCAUGGUGGAAGGAGCUUCGCGAGAAAGGCCAUGGCGACCUAAAGGAUGAACCAUGGUGGCCAAAAAUGCAAACCAUUCAAGACCUCAUAGACAGCUGCACCAUAAUUAUAUGGAUCUCUUCAGCCCUCCAUGCAGCAGUCAACUUCGGGCAGUAUCCCUACGGUGGCUUCUCCCCGAACCGACCGUCGACGAGCCGUAGGUUCCUUCCCGAGCAAGGCACGCAGGACUACAAAGAGCUCGAGUCGAACCCCGAAAAGGCGUUCUUGAAGACGAUCACGUCGCAACUGCAGGCGCUUGUGGGGGUCUCAGUGAUUGAGAUUUUGUCAAGGCAUUCUUCGGAUGAAGUGUAUUUGGGGCAAAGGAGCAACCCGGAGUGGACUUUGGACAAGGAGGCUUUGGAGGCAUUUGACAAGUUUGGGAAAAGACUUAGUGAAAUUGAAGCCAAUAUUGGGAAGAGAAAUAAAGAUCCCAACUUGAAAAAUAGAGUUGGGCCUGUGGAGAUGCCUUAUACUCUAUUGUUUCCUACUAGCUCUGAAGGUCUCACAGGCAGAGGAAUUCCCAAUAGCAUUUCUAUUUGAAUAAAUAAUUUAAUUAGUUUGUGAGGUUUGAUUUGUAAUGUAAUUCCAUUUUAUUUUGCAUUUCUGCUUUUAGUUUAUGGGUGUCAAAAAAGGCAAUAAUAAAAAAGAAAAAAGAGAUAUGUAUGUGAAUGCCUUUGAUUUAUGUGCUAAUUAUUGAUGAUUUUUAAUUAAUGGAAUGAUUAGUGUUUCAAAAGACA